GCGACAUAAGGGCCGGUCUCGAGGAAUUAAAGCUUGACGGGGCCCUAUUCGCCGAUGUUAAAUACUACGUCAGCGGUGAAGGUGAUCCUAAAAUUAUGAUCUGACUGCGAUUAGUCUAGAGUAAUCGCAAUUGAUACGAAAGAGGUUAUAAAAUGGAGUCAAAUUUAACAGACUGCAUUCCUUGAGUGCAAUAAAGAUGAGACAAGAGACUUCUAAAAGGCAUCAAUUGUAUGACAUUUUUCAAUGUAAAAUGCCUAUUUCAUAGUAACAUAGUUGAAAUUUACCAAAAUCUUCAAUGUAAAAUUUUAAAUUUACUACAAGAGGGAGGUGCUGAAAGAUCAAAUUAUUUUAGUGAUUUUGUUACGCAUUUAAUAGCUGGUUAUGAUGCACUGGAGAAUGAUAUAUCUGCCGCAAAGGAUAUCUAUGAAAUUCCAGCAGUUACGCAGAACUGGAUUUUAUAUUCUGUCAAAUGCAAUAAACUCUUACCGUCUCACUACUUCUCUCCUGAAGAUACGCAGCUAUUUUCAAAUGUACGAGCAUGUAUGUCUCAGAUAAGCCGCGCAGAUAGUAAAAGUCUGUGGGCAAUGAUCACACUUCAAGGUGGUAAAUGUCAAUUACGCUUAGAUCGGUAUUGUACUCACUUAAUUACUGGAAAGGCUGCUGGAUUGAAGUAUGAAACUGCAAUGAGGCAUCCUAUUCAAAUUGUAACUCCAGAUUGGGUAACAGAAUGUUGUAGAAAAGGAACUAUCAUAAGUGAAGUAGAGUAUCAUCCAAGACUUUUAAUAUACCCAAAUAGUUCUACAGCCAUGAUUACUGGCUUUAUGGAUGAAGAUACUGAAAAUAAUACAGCGCAGGAAGAACAAGAGAGAACUAAAGCUAUGUUGGAGCAAUUGAAACAACGGAUGCCUUGGAAUCAACCAAGUCCACCAGUAUCUUCCAAUACUGCUCAUAACAUAAAUACAGCUACAGCAACUGUAACAACAAUCCCAUAUACAACAAAUGGACAAAAUAAUGUUAAUCCACAGCAGCAGCAUCUUCCACGACCAAUUCCAACAACAAGUUUAUCCAAUGCUUCCACAAUUGCACCUUCUGUCUCUGAUCAAAAUGUUACACAAACUACUUGGUUGCCACAAACUUCUCAACAAAAUAAUGUUACUCAAAUGAAAUCAGUACCACCACAAAUACAACAACCUGAAUUAUCGCCACAACAACAGCAACAACAGCAAAUGAAUAUGCAACAUACAUUACUACAACAGCAACAACAAUUAAAUCAACAACAACUUACACAACAUCAACAAUUACAACAACAGCAAUAUACACAGCAACAGCUUUUGAACCAGCAGCAACCUCCACAAUUAACAGCUCAACAACAGCAACAACUGAUAGGAACACAGCAGCAGUCACUUACACAGCAACCAUUGAUGUCGCAACAACAGCAACAACAAAUCAAUUCUCAACUACCUCAGCAUCAAAUGUCAUCACCUCAGCAAUUAUUAACACAACAAAAACAACUAAGCCAACAUCAAAUUCUUUCGCAACAACAAAUAAACCAACAACAGCAACAUUUGUCCCAGCAGCAGCAACUUACUCCUCAACAGCAAUUAGUUCAACAACAACAAGUGCAACUAACACCUCAACAGCAGCAACAAAUAGUUUUACAACAACAGAUUCCUGCUCAACAACAAAUUGGAACACAACAGCAUCAAUUGAAUCAGCAACAAGCUCCGCCACAACAACUUACAUCUGAACAACGUCAACUUAUAUUAUUACAACAACAACAGCAGCAAAAAAUUCAACAAAUUUCUCAACAGCUGCAACAAUCUGCGCCUCAAAGUUCACAACAAUUUGUUAUAAGAGAUGGUCAAUUGCAACAACAACCUCAGAAUCAACAAUUAAUGGGUCCUAAUCAACAAAGUUUCAUUGUACAAAGAGAUUCACAGUGGCAACAGCAACAGUAUCAUUUACAACUGCAGAGACAGCAACAACAGCAAAUUGGCCCACAGAGACCAAGUGGGCAAUGGAGUCAACAACCACCACAACCACCAAGGCAAUUAAUUCAAUUGGAUGCCCAAACUCAUCAACAGUUGCAACAAAUGGACCCACAGCAAAGGGCACAAUUUAUCCAAAAAAUACAGAAACAAAGAAAUUUAUUACUACAGAGGCAAAUGCAAAAUCGUCAAGCACAACAAGGCGCGCAUAUCGCUGUCAUAAGAAGUCCAGGAAAGCCAGUUCAACCUGGUGGUUUACAGUGGAUCCAGCAACAGCGUCCUCAGAUGAUAGGACCUCAAAUUGCACAAACACCUGGUCAAAAACCAGUGCAUUCCGGAGUUCAACCACCAGCUUUAACGCCAAUUAAUUCUUCCAACCAAGUGAUCGUGCAAGCCAGUCAAAAUGUGCAAGGUCCACAGGCUGGUCAACCUGGUCAAACAUUCCAACAAGGUCAAGCUUUAACUCCUCAACAUAUAGCACAGUUACAUAUGCAAAAACAGCAACAAAUGGCAAGACUGCAACAACUGCAGCAUCUACAACAACAACAGCAGCAGCAGCAGCAGCAGCAACAGCAACAACAGGGCGCGCCGCAGCAAGAGCCUCCUUUAACCCCGUUGUCAAACAAUACCCAACUACCACCAGAUCAACAAUUAGUCGUUAAUGCAAAGACAAAAACCGCACUGGCAAACAUGUUGACAAGUAGGUUACAAGGUAGUGCUGCUGAGGGUAGUGCAGCUGGUCAAUUGAGAUUAAUGACCGCGCAACAUAGACCACCACCACCACCAUCUCAGGAUCCACAACUCUUAGCAGCAUAUCAGCGAAGAACUGUUGGAAACAUCACAAAUGGUGCGCCACCCGGUGCAUCAAUAAAGAUGCAAUAUGCUCCAGUGAUGCCCCAAGCAAAAGCUCAGUUUUAUGGUCACAAUCCAAAUCUAAAACUACCACCAGAUCUGUUUUUGCUAGGUUGUAUCUUUGUUAUUGUCGAAUACGACGUGCAACGUCCGAACGAUGUUUCCGUAUGGAAACAAGUAAUCGAGAGACACGGUGGAGAAGUAGAACCACAAUACUGUACUCGUGCUACUCACAUACUUGCGAUAACACAGAAACAUCCAACGGUGGUGCAGGCUUUACGAGAAGGAAAACGUUGUGUCAGUGCUCACUGGCUAUCGGAUGUAGUCAGUAAACAGCAGGUAGUACCACCUUGGCACGCACUGCAUUUUCCAACACCAUUCAGUUUGACAGAGCUUCCAUGUGCAAAACAAAUUGUAUCAUUAUCUGGAUUUGAAGGAGAGGAACGAGCGAAGGUGAAGUAUAUGUUGGAAGCAUUAGGAGCUAAAGUUACCAAUUACUUCACCAGGCACAACACUCUUCUCGUUUGCAGAAGACCGGAUGGUCAAAAAUAUAAAAAAGCUCGAGAAUGGCAAACUGGAGUGGUAAAUGCUCAAUGGUUGACGGACUUGUUGUGUGGACAAAUGAACGCGCUUCAUCAAACCGAAAAUCCAAAAUAUCAACAAUAUAGCCUGAGCAAUCCCUUUAGAUUGGAUUAUUCGCUAGUGCCUCACUUAAUGGCUGCAUGGAAGAUGCCAAUAAACAUUACUCAGGAAUCAUACGAUAAAGUGAAGCAGGUUGGUCAGGGGCCAAAUUCGAUAAGAAAGUAUAAGAAACCACGAUUAGAUGGUCCGUUAUUGAAUAAAGAUCCACAUUUGUUGGGCUUAGACGAACCAAUAAUUGUAAGUAAUCCAGAUCCUCCGCCUCCGGAUAAACAACCGAGAAUAUUGUUCUCUGGUAUUAAUCCUAGGAAGCACGCAAAGAGAAUCCGAGAAUUAGGUGGUGCAUUGGCAGCCAGUUGGCGAGACGCAACUCAUCUUGUGAUGACGGCACCAAGGAGGACUGUAAAAUUGUUAUGUUGCUUAUCACGUUGUAAAUAUAUUGUCACGUUGCAGUGGUUACUUGAUUGUUCUGCGAGAAAUACAUUUUUAGAUGAAAGUGGAUAUAUGCUAGGAGAUUCAGAAUUCGAGAAAAAUUUUAAUUGUAAUAUUGAGAAGGCACUGGCAAGCCCCAAUAGAGGAACAGUACUUAAGGGUAAAAUAUUUUAUGUUACACCAAGUGUAAUACCAUCGCCACCAGCAAUUGCAGAAAUAAUUGAAAGCGCGGGUGGAACAAUGGAGAAAACACGAAGAUCUAUUGCACAGAUUCAAGAAAUGAAUAGUAAUAAAUUAACUUAUAUCAUCAUCACUCAUGAAAACGAUCUUCAUCUUCUUUCUGACGUUUUACGUGUAAAUAUCAGUGUGUUCAGUGCAGAAAUCGUACUAGGAGCAGUUGCACGACAAUACUUCCAAAGUGAACAAAUUUAAGUACAGUGCAAUUUUUAACGCGCUACAUUCUAAUCCUUAAUACAGGCUUGCUACAUCCUUAGUAAGCUAUUUUGGAGAUGAAAAUUUUUGCUUACCUUCUUCAAUGGGACAAUAAAGAACAUAAUUUUAUGAUAAA